ACUGCCACCUGAGGGAAAGCUGCUCUCCUGUCAGGAGGAAAACCCCUCUCCUGCUCACCUGAGGGAAAGCGUCUCUCUGGACACCUCAGGGAAAGCUUCUCUCACCUGAGGGAAAGUUUCUCUCCUGCUAAAGUGUCAGGAAGUGGUGCUGAGUUGGCAGCAGUAUACACCAUCCCAGAGGAGGCUGUAAAAAGCUCCGGGAGUGGGAGAUGACAGAGCAGCCACACUGCCCGUGCUCGGGGAGCAAGAGAACUCCAGUGGUGACAUGAAUUAUUGGAAGAGUGUUCAUCCAGGGAAUUGCAGGCAGACAAAGCAGCUCUGAUGAAAUGCAUCCCCGUCAAAGACAGUUUGUUUCAGCUGAGGCUUGAAUAACAGCACAAGUGAAAAACAGAGUAGCCUGGAGAGGGGGAAAGCGAAGUGGAGUCACUGUACUUUUGGAGGCUACAACAAGCUAAAAGCACACAGGACCCAUGGCAUCUUUGACAUGGAAACAAGAGCUUCCCAUAUCAGUCACUCCUAGAGCUGCACAGUAUAAGGAAGAGGUUUACUCAUUCUGCCCAGAGGCUGAGCCAGCAGAGACAGCAAAGCUAAUGUGAUCCAUUGAAGGAAGACAGUGGACAAUUACCAGCAACUUGGUCACGUUUUUGCCUUGGAUAGCCUAAGCUGAAACUUCCAGCUGAAAAUGACCCAGCAAAUGCACAACCUGAGUCUCCUGCAGACCAAGAAGCACAGCAUGCCCUCCUCUCCCAACGCUGCCAAGCGGCUCUAUCGGAACCUGUCGGAGAAGCUGAAGGGCAGCCACACGUCCUUCGACGAGGCCUAUUUCCGAGCGCGCUCCGACCGCCUCAGCCUCCGUAAGACCUCCAUGAAUUUCCAGUGCAAUGAAGCAAUGUUUGAGGCCGUGGAACAGCAGGAUCUGGAUGCUGUUCAGAUUCUUCUUUAUCAAUACACACUGGAGGAACUGGACCUGAACACACCAAACAGUGAGGGACUGACUCCUCUGGAUAUUGCCAUUUUGACAAAUAAUGUCCCUAUUGCUAAGACCCUUCUGCACGUUGGGGCAAAGGAAAGCCCACACUUUGUUGACAUGGAAAGCAGGUCGGUGCAUCUGAGCACGUUGGUCCAGGAGGCCCAGCAGAGAGUGACUGAACUGUCUGCACAGGUGGGGAGCGAAGGGCUGGGCACCGACACCUCGGAGAGGGAGAAGCAGCUGAAGGCCUGGGAGUGGAGGUCCAGGCUCUACCAGCGCAUGAAGGCCGGCUACGAACACGCCCGAGCCCCUGAGGCGCCAACCAAUGUCUGUCUCAUGGUAACAAGCAGUACAUCACUCACUGUCACCUUCCAAGAACCUCUGAGUGUCAACUCAGCUGUGGUGACCAAGUAUAAAGUGGAAUGGAGCUCUUCAGAAGACUUUUCUCCUUUGGCUGGUGAAAUAAUUAUGGAUAAUCUUCAGUCUUUGAGGUGCUCCAUCACGGGUCUCAGAACAGGCCAGAGGUAUUAUGUCCAUGUUUCAGCGUACAACAUGAGAGGAUGGGGACCUCCAAGGAAAUCUACUCCUGAAUAUGCUUCUCCUUCAAACUGGAAAGACUGCAGUGGAAGAGAACCUCGGCACAGGGGACACACUGAGGCCCUGGAACGCCUCCUUCAGCAGGUUCGAGCAGCUCAUCAGCACUAUAAUUGCAGAGAAAGUUCUAAAUUACAAAAUGCUGGUCGCAAGCAAUCGGUUUCCAGGAGCCUGAAGCACCUUUUCCAUUCAUCAAACAAGUUUGUGAAGACCCUGAAACGGGGACUCUACUUAUGUGUUAUACUUUUUUACAAAGACAAUUUGUUAGUAACCAACGAAGAUCAAAUCCCAAUUGUGGAAAUCGAUGACUCUCACAGUAGUUCAGUUAUGCAGGAUUUCCUGUGGUUCACAAAGUUGUCUUGCAUGUGGGAUGACAUCAGGUGGCUGAGGCAGAACAUGGCUGUGUCCGUGUCCUCAUCCACAGCCCUUCAGGCCAGGCAGAAGAUGCUUUCAGCAGCAGCACAGCUACAGAAUUUGCUGGGAACUCACAACUUAGGCAGAGUUUUUUAUGAACCAAUCAAGGACCGACAUGGCAAUAUGCUGAUAGUUACUGUAAGAGAAGUGGAGAGUCUGUAUUCAUUUUUUAAUGGCAAAUGGAUGCAGGUAUCCAAACUACAAAGCCAGAGGAAAUCCCUUUCAACUCCAGAGGAGCCAACAGCAUUAGACAUCUUGCUUAUAACAAUCCAGGACAUACUUUCCUAUCACAAACGAAGUCAGCAACGCCUCCCUCCCGGCCUGUAUCUGGGUUACCUUAAACUCUGCAGUUCUGUGGAUCAAAUCAAAGUGCUGGUGCUGCAGAAGUUGCCCAAUGUCCUGUGUCAUGUUAAAAUCCGGGACAACAGCAAUGUCUCCAAAGAUGAGUGGGAAUGGAUCCAAACACUUUCUGGCUCAGAAUCUGUGGAAAGUAUGGAUCAUACUUCAGACUGCCCUACUCAAUUGUUCUUGUAUGAGCUCCAGACAGCAGUGAAAGCUCUCCUCAAACAGAUCAAUCUACCUCUGCAUCAGGCAAAGCACUUCCGUCUGUACACACAGGAGGUGUUGGAACUGGGUCACAAUGUCUCCUUUCUUCUCCUGCUCCCCGCCUCAGACGACGUCUGCACUGCCCCAGGACAGAAUAAUCCUUACACCCCACACUCAGGAUUUCUUAACCUCCCUCUUCAGAUGUUUGAACUCGUUCAUUUUUGCUGUUACAAGGAAAAAUUUAUAAGCCUGUAUUGCCGCCUUUCUGCUGUCAUAGAGCUGGACUCUCUGAAAACCCAGCAAUCCCUGAGGGAAGCAAUUUCAGACAGUGAAGUCGCUGCAGCCAAACAAAGACACCAGCAAGUUAUAGACUACAUACAGCAAAUCGAUGAGAUCUGGAGGGAAAUGAGAUGGAUCACAGAAGCACUGCAGUAUGCAAGGUACAAGCAGCCAGCAGCUGGCCUGCCCAUAAAGAAGUUUGUGGAUCUUUCAGAAGAACACCCUCAAAAGAAAAUGAGCUCCACCUCUUCACACCUAGACUGUCUUCCUUCACCUCCCCCUUCCCCUGAGGCCAGAAUCCAGAGGAGAAAAGCUGUGAGUGACUCCCAGCCCUGCUCAGACGAGGAAGGCUGCUCUGAAGUGUUCCUGCCCACUGACAGCGACUACGACUCCAGCGACGCGCUGAGCCCCAGGGAACUGGACCUGAUUUACUCCUCGUCCCAGGACAUCUCCCAGCAGGCCAGCAGUGGUCUGGGAGGGAGUGCUCCUGAUGUCCUCCAAGCCCACGACAUGAAGCCCUGCCUGACUCUCCAAGAAGGCCCAACAGAGUGUGGUGCCUUCGAUCCUCACGCUGAAUGUUGCACAGAGUCCAUGAGCAAUCUGACCCUGUCGGGGCUCACAUCGAAAAGCACGGACAAGUCCUCCAGCUCCAAGCAGCCACUGGGCUUUUUAGGGAAAAGGAAGCUCGGGAAGCACCAACACUACAACUAUUUCGGCCGGCAGCACCGCUGGCUGCGCGUGCACAGCGAGACACAGGCGGGCUCCCUGUCCGAGGGGGUCUACACCCAGCAUCUCAUGAGAUCUCCAGAUCUGUCCCAAGAGCCUCCCUCCAGCGAGCAGUUAAAGAGCCCCAGCGAUGGGUCCCGGAGCACUUUCGUACCUCACGCAUCCAGCCUCCCAGAAGAUGAGCAAGGCAAGUAUGAGGAACCGAGGCAGAAUGUCCACAGGAUACACGUGGAGCCUUAUGAAACGACAUUUGGGGAUGAGGAGGGCAAGCCCUGGGCAAUGAGCACGCAGUCUGCAGGACACACAGAUGUGCACAGUGCUAUGCAACAGACCACGGGUCCAGAUGAGCAGCUGGGUUCUGCUGUCCCAGAAGUCUUCAGCAGCACCCUUUAGCCCCAGAAUCCUGCACGGCUUCCCAUGAGAUAUGAGCAUUAUGCACAUAAGGCCAUACUUUCAAAACCACUUGUAAAAUUCCAGCUCCUGAAACGGCAGCUCACGCCACCCAGAAGAAUCCUGAUCUUUUGACUUCCUCAUCAGGUUUCUGGUCUCACAGAGGUAUCAUCUGUCAGGGUGUGAGCAUUAUUGUUAUUAUUGGCAUCUGCAGGUUUGCAGGUAGAGUCCCAACAAUCACCACAUAACAGAACAAUCUGUGGCUGCAAAUCCAGUAACAGCAGGUCUCUUGAUGUCCAUGUUUCUCUGAGCAUGCAAAAUUUUAAGCAUGAGUGGUUCUGCCUGCAAGUUAGCAGCAACUUGGUGUCCUCAUCUUAGGGCUGUGUCCUAAACUUCUAUUUACCUGUUUUCCGCUGUUUCCUGUAAAUUUUUCUACUUCUCAGCCUUCUCGAGUGGAUUUAGGUUGGAUAUAACUGGAGUGCUAACUGGUCUAGUAACACAAAUAACCCAGAGUUUCUGGGCAUUUAAAGAAAUGAAAAUUCUUUCAGUAUCUACAAAAUGCAGUCAACACCAUCUCUGACUGCCGUCAGAGCCUGACAUAAUUAGCACAAUGGGGUUUUUUCAGGAGCUUAGAUUUCAAAUUAUUUAUGUAGCAAGUUAUUUUAAGACCUUAGGAGGUGAACCUUUGAGGUCAAGAGCAGGCAGAGUGAGGCCAGGUUCUAGAGGAAAAAUAGGCAGGGUCUGCAUGAGAUGGAAGCAAAGUUUGAUCUGUCUUCUGCCACCACACAAGAGCACAUUUCAUUAUGUUGGAAUAACUUUUAUACAUCCCUUGGAAAGAAAUGCCCCUAUUCUCGUUCCUGAAUAUUCACUGU